AAGGACAAUAAAAAAGUUCACUUUCCUUUCUUUUCUUUCUUCUUUCUUUUUUUCUUUUCCUCUUUUUCUAUAUAUUCUUCAAUUUCUUGUAUAUCAUCUUAUUAUAAUUAUUAUUUUAUUCUUGAAUGAAAUGGAACGUUUACAUUUAAAGGUAUCAAGACUUGAAACUCUUUGGUCCUGUCUGGGAACUUGUAUCGAUUCACUUAGUAUCAAUGAAAAAUUAGAACAUGUCCUUUAUGAAUUGGAUAAAGUUAUUGAAUAUGAAGAAUGGCGUAAACUAGUACUUAGUGCUGAUAUUGAAGAUGUGAUGGCAAGUAUUGAACAUGGUUGUGAUAUUCUCGGUAUAGCUAUGGAAAGUUUACUUACAACUAAUAUGAAUGAUACAAUGACCGAUAACUGGGAAUUCUUUGCAACAAAUUGUGUAAUGACACCAACAUUAGAUCGUAAGAAAACUCUUACAACGUUGAACAACAGACUGGCAAACGAAAUACGACAAAGAAGAUUACAUGUGAAGGAAUGGCUACAAGAGAUCGAUACUAUUUGUCUUGAAUUAGGUCAAUCUCAUUCUCUUGGUUCCUAUCAUGAUUAUUAUGAUGAUUUAAGUUGGGGUACUGUACAAAAGGUUAGUUGUACUUUACGUGAUCUUACUCAAAAACAGACAUCAAACAAAGUUUUAUUUGAACAAUUGGUUCAUUCUAUUCAUUACUUUUGGACUGUUCUCGAUGAACCUAUUCAUGGUGAUGAUCCUAUCGACAUUUCCUUACACCAGCUAUGUAGUACUAUCAACAAUCAUCAUUUCCAUAUGGAUAACAUUCCUCAUUUACCACUUGACAAGCAUAAUAUGAACAACAAUGCAUUUUUGUACUACCGUCAUCCAUUACCUUUUCCAUUGUCCUUACAAGAUGAUCUCAUGAUGGUUCUACAAUCUAAAGCACAUGAUUUGGAAGCAUUGUACAACAAUCGACUGGAAAGAUUCAAUCAUUUUGUGGAAAGCAUUCAAACUCUUUGGGAAGAACUCAAUGUCCCAGAAUCAAAAAAAUGUACAAUACAUAGAUCUCUACAUGAAGAAAAUAUGAUCAAGCUUCAAAUCGAUUUUGAUCAAAUGAAAACAAUUGUGCGGACCAUGACAGAUGAAUACCUUGAUACGAUCAGACAGGAUUUAGUACACUUAUGGGACGAAUGUUUACUGACACAAUAUGAGCGUGAUGAAUUUAUGUCCAUACUCUAUCAUAAAGCAAAUACAAUGGAUACUGUACGAUCGAUCAUAGACGAGCAUAUGUCAUACUUGAAAGCUAUACAACCAGCGAGUCAUAUAGUAUCAACUAUUAUGAAAGAAAGAAAAGAUUUAAUACAGAAAAUGAUCGAUUUUGAAACUUCGGCCUCUGAUCCAAAACGACUAUUUCAAGCAUCCUUCCAAUUGCUUGAAGAAGAACGAUGGAGAAAAACCUGCUUCCCAACAUUACUUCAACUGGAUGACACCCUCACCAAGGCAGUUCAAGAUUUUGAAAGGAUCUCUGAAAAACAUUUUAUGGUGGGAAAUCGACGGUUUCUUGACAUAUUGAAAGAGGAAAUCAUGGACAGAACGGCAAAUCAAACCUUUUUUGGAUUUUUGAAUACGGAACCCAAUCAUGAUCGAUCUACACGUGUUAAACCACGCCACAAUUCAUCAAUCUGUCAUUCACUUUCCAUCAAUACCAAUAACAACAAAAAAUCUAAAACGACUAUCUUCUCAGAAUCUCCAACACAAGACAUGCCUUCAAAUGAUAUUCAACCUCGUCGAAAUAGUAACUCUCACAAGCAGCGAUCUUCACCAACAGGCAACAAUAAACAACAUAUUACCAAUUCUAUAGUAACGACAGAUCCUCCAUUACCUUCUACAACAUUAUCUUCGUCUUCUUCGGCAAUAACCCAACAAUUGUCAUCAUCAUCAUCCAAAUUCUUGAAUCAAAUAUCAUCAUCUCAUUCAACUAGAACAAAGCAUCGUCAAGACAUUAAAAAACGACGUAGUACUCAAUCUAUACCAACAUCACAAGAACAGACAAUGAUCAUACCCGAACAACACAAAUCAAAAUCUUACCCAGUUUCAGGUGGCAUCAAAAAGAAACGAACCACCCUUUUUGACAAUGAUACCAGCAUACCAAAUCAUGUAGAAAAUAACCAUAUCAAAAAUAACAAUCAAACAACAAUAACAAAUGAUGAUACUAUCACGACAUCCACAUCACAAUUAUCACCACCUAUAUCUCCGUUGACCCCUCGAACUAAGGCUUCUCAAAUCCCUGUACGUGCACAACCUCCUUCCAAUCGAGCUUCUGUUUCUCCAUCUCCAGCUCGACAACAACGGAUGCCUGUUCAGUGUGCUUAGUUUUUUUUCUUUGUAUUGUAGUAUAAUGUUAAUGCUCAAAAAUACCCUCAUCAAUAAACAUUUAUUCAUUUGACUUUA